CGUCGCCGUGGAAACGAAGGCUGCCGAGCGGCGCGGUGGCUUCCUCUCCUCCGGGCAGCGGCGGGCUCCCACCAGCUUGAGGGCGGCGGACCGCGAUGCUGAAGGCCAAGAUUCUCUUCGUGGGGCCCUGCGAGAGUGGAAAAACCGUUUUGGCCAACUUCCUGACAGAAUCUUCUGACAUCACCGAAUACAACCCAACCCAAGGAGUGAGGAUCCUGGAAUUUGAGAACCCACACGUGACCAGCAACGCCAAAGGCACGGGGUGUGAAUUUGAACUAUGGGAUUGUGGCGGUGAUCCAAAGUUCGAGUCUUGCUGGCCAGCCCUGAUGAAGGACGCGCACGGGGUGGUGAUCAUCUUCAAUGCCGACCUCCCGAGCCACCUGAAGGAAAUCGAGAUGUGGUAUUCCUGCUUCGUCCAGCAGCAGUUCCUACAGGACCCUCGGUGUCUGUUGAUCGCGCACCACAAACCAGGCUCCGGAAGUGAUAAAGGACACCUGACUUUGUCGCCCCCCUUGAGCAAGCUGAAGCUGGUGCACUCGAAUCUUGAGGAUGACCCUGAAGAGAUCAGGUUGGAGUUCAUAAAGUAUUUAAAAAGCAUAAUCAACUCAGUGUCUGAAAGCAGAGACCGGGAGGAGAUGUCAAUUAUCACCUAAGCAGCCUUCACCUGGACUCUUCCACAUCGCACAUGAGGUCACCUUGUUCCCCAGGCAGAUCUGGAAUCUUACCCAGCUACUGAUGUGACCUUCUCCCUGUGGCUAUAGAAGAGAUUUUCCUUAUCUGCUCUUAAGGUCGGGUCAGCCAGGGAGUUGACUCGUACUGUUUAUUCCCUGUCCUUAGUUCAGAUGAGAAAAUCCUCUUAUUGCAUUCUCAUUCCUUUGCCCCAAACCUCUCCA